AAAGUUGUGGUAUUUUGAUUUUCAUUAUUGACGUGUUGCAAAUUAAUAUCAUUAAAAUGAAAAAAUUGAACUUACUCUUAGUUAAAAAAAAGAGCAUUCUAUCAUUUGGAUGUACAGAAUGACAAUAUUGAUCAAGAUUGUCGCGAAAUGUGCAUUUUUUUUAAAUAUCAUCGGUGACAGAGAAUUUUUUGGCAUUAUUUAUUAAAUUUAAUUGAACGCAAUGGAUAAUAGUGAGCUUCAAGUCGAAGAUGAAACACAGAAUAAUCACAGUAGACGGCAAAGUUUGUCUACUAGCAAUACAAUUAUUACCGAAUCAAGCUCAAAUGAAUCUCAAACAAAUGUGAAUGCAACGGGAACGAGGAAUUCACCAUCGAAAGCAUCAUCAACUAGUUCUUCACCCCAAAAAACAACUUCAGUAAUAUCAAAUUCUCCUACUAUGAACAAAAGCGUAAAAAUUGGAAAUAACAAAGAAAUAAUAUACGAAAUGAAUAAAAAUGGUAUUCAAUCAAAUGAAUCGCCAAAAAUUAACAAGAAAUUAUCUAGAACCAAUAUUUAUCCAUCGGGAACAAAUUUGACUGCUCGGGACGCUUUUGUACCAACGACACCAGAAGAUACACCACCAUUACCAGGAACACCAAUAUUUUCUAAUGAUGUACCAAGAGAUUCUUUGUUACAAAAGGAUUCAUCUUCAGAAACAGAAAUAGAUCCUGAAACACUUUAUUUCCGAGAUGGUCGUAGACGCAUUGAUAUGGUUUUAGUAUAUCACGAAGAAAAUAAUGGAGUAAUGACUGAAUUAGAAGCGCGUCGAAAGGAGCAAAGACGUGUUUUUCAACAGAAUUUAUUAAAAGAAGGUUUGCAAUUAGAAUUAGAACCAAAAGAAAAUUCUUUUGACGGAAAAACUUAUUUCUUAAAGUUGCACAUUCCAUGGAAAAUUAAGGUUCAAUAUGCUGAAGUAAUGAAUUUGAAAUUACCCACUAAAAGAUUUAUCACUAUAUCUGUUAAAGCUUGGCAAAGCAAUGAGGAUGUAAAAGAAAGUCCGAAAUUUUGGGAAAGAUGGAUACAAUGGAUAAAAGAGAUACAUACUUGGGAUACAAAAAAGUAUCCGGAAGAACCUAGCUUUUAUGAUAGUAUUGAUUCUGGCGAUCGAGAAGAAAGAUUUGUAGUAAAAGAUAGAGAUACAGCUUAUACUCCUGCUCAAAGAUCUUUAAUAGUAAUGCAAAUUUUAUUAAGAGCACGAUAUGAUGAAAAUCACGAAAAGGCAGGUAUCCGAAGACUUUUAGCAGAUGGCACUUAUCUUGAUUGUUAUUCUCUGCAUGAGGGUCCAUAUAAUAAACCUGGAUUAAAUGGUGAAAAUUUAGAUAGAUAUUUAUUAUACUUAAUAUGGGCUAGACCUUCGCAAUGGUACAAAAGACAACCUCUAUGGUUAAUCAGACGAUACUUUGGAGAAAAAGUAGCUCUUUAUUUUGCAUGGCUAGGAUUUUACACAAAAUGUUUAUACGCACCAGCGAUUGUUGGCCUUUUGUGUUUUAUGUAUGGCGUAGGAAGUAUGGAUGGACCUGACAAUGUACCGAGUAGAGAAAUAUGUGAUUAUAAUAUAGCAGGAAAUAUUACAUUAUGUCCUGUCUGCGAUAAAGCAUGUACCUAUCAAAGACUCGGCGAAUCCUGCUUAUUUUCAAAAUUAACUUAUUUAUUCGAUAAUCCUGCUACUGUCUUCUUUGCUAUUUUUAUGUCGUUUUGGGCCACGACAUUUCUUGAAUUAUGGAAACGAAGACAAGCUGUGAUAAUUUGGGAAUGGGAUCUUCAAAACGUUGAAAGUGAAGAAGAACCUCGACCUGAGUUUGAAACUACGGUAAAAACAUUUCGAAUAAAUCCUGUGACCAGAGAAAGAGAACCUUACUUACCAGUAUGGUCUAAAGCUUUACGUUCUUGUGCCACGGGUUCUAUAGUAUUUUUUAUGAUAUGCGUUGUUUUGGGUGCUGUACUGGGAACUAUUAUUUCUCGAAUAUCGUUAGUAUCCGUAUUUUAUGAAGGUGGAGGUCCAUUUUUACAGAAACACGCAAAGAUUUUCACCUCUAUGACUGCUGCCCUUAUUAAUUUAGUGAUUAUUAUGAUCCUUACACGAGUGUAUCAUCGUUUAGCACGAUGGAUGGUGAACAUGGAAAAUCCUAGAACACAGACUGAAUACGAAUCUAGUUUUACAUUCAAGAUAUUUUUGUUCGAAUUUGUCAAUUUCUAUUCAUCCCUUAUUUAUAUAGCCUUCUUUAAAGGAAGGUUUUAUGUUCAUCCUGGAGAUGCCGAUGCAAGAGCUACAGAAUUUUCUCGUAUAAAAACAGACGUGUGCGAUCCAGCUGGAUGUUUGUCGGAACUUUGUAUACAACUUGCUAUUAUAAUGGUAGGCAAGCAAUGUUUCAAUAAUUUUGUAGAAAUAUUAUCACCAAAAAUGUGGAAUUGGUGGCGUAAAAGAAAUCAUAUUGCUGCUACGAAAGAUCAUGGCAGACCAUACACUUACUGGGAGAAAGAUUAUCAAUUGCAAGACCCUGGAAGACUCGCGCUCUUUGAUGAAUAUUUGGAAAUGAUUUUACAAUAUGGAUUUGUGACUUUGUUCGUCGCUGCAUUCCCGUUAGCACCAUUGUUUGCGUUAUUAAACAAUAUAGCUGAAAUACGACUAGACGCAUAUAAAAUGGUAAAAGAAGCGAGAAGACCAUUAGCAGAAAGAGUACAAGAUAUAGGAGCUUGGUAUGGUAUAUUACGUGGAGUAACUUAUGUUGCUGUAGUAUCGAAUGCAUUCGUUAUUGCAUACACGUCAGAUUUCAUCCCUCGUAGCGUAUAUGCUAUCGUUUACUCACCCACAGAAGAUUUAGUGGGUUAUAUUGAUAGUUCUUUAUCAGAAUUUAAUACAUCAGAUUAUCGAGAUGAUAUGAAAAGCGAUAUGGAUACUCGUCAUCCGGAAACAUGUCAAUAUAGAGGCUACAGAAAUGGACCGGACCAUGCUAACGAUCCAUAUGGACUAAGCCCACAAUAUUGGCAUGUUUUCGCAGCUCGUUUAGCCUUCGUUGUUGUUUUUGAACACAUUGUUUUCGCUUUAACUGGCAUAAUGAGUUAUGUGAUACCAGCCGUGCCUCGUUCUUUGGCAACUCAACUUCAACGAGAACGUUUACUUGCUCAAGAAGCUAAGUAUGAAAAAGGUAUAAAAAGUAGAGAAGAUGAUGAUGAUAUUUUAUCGAUGCUUAGAGAAGCAGGUACCAUUGGAAGAGCUGCAGGUGGUGGUAGAGGUAGUUGGGCAAGACGCUUUAGUAAAUUAAGUGAUGGCUUAGAUGCCCAUGUUGAUGUAGCUUCCAGACACAAUAGAAACAGUGACGGUUCGACUGUGUGGGAGGUAACAUGA